AUGCCAGGGCUCAUGACGAUCAUGUCACUGGCACUAUCGCCGCCCAUGUCGGUGAAGCAAUGCUUCUGCAGCAGCACAAGCAGCAAGAAGAUGACGGGUAGUACGAUGUUGCUGGUGAAGAAGCGGUCUUCUUCGCAAGCACAACUCCUCAGCCGCAGCUGGGCUCCGGCAGCGACGGCGGCGGCCACCGCAGCCGCAACUGCCUUUCAUGUCGAUGAGCAGGAAGAGAUGAUGAUGCGGCGCCUGGCGGAGGACGGGUGGGUGGACGAGCAUAUGCUGCCGCUGCUCACCCCCGUGGAGGAGGCCUGGCAGCCGGCCGACCUGCUGCCCUCCUUCGCCGUCUCGGCCGACGAGCAGCGGAGCCAGGUGGCGGAGCUCCAGGCCCGCGCGGCCGGCGUGCCCGACGACCUCCUCGUCUGCCUCGUGGGCAACAUGGUCACGGAGGAGGGCCUGCCGGCCUACAUGUGCAUGGGCAACCGCGUGGCGGCGGGCGGCAGCGACGCCACCGGCUGCGACGACCACGGCUGGGCGCGCUGGCUGCGCGGCUGGACCGCCGAGGAGAACCGCCACGGCGACCUGCUCAACCGCUACCUCUACCUGUGCGGCCGCGUGGACAUGCGGCGGGUGGAGACGACGGUGCACCACCUCCUCGGCCGCGGCAUGCGCGCCAUGCUGCGGCCCUCCAGCGCGUACCACAGCCUCAUCUACGGCUCCUUCCAGGAGCGCGCCACCUUUGUCUCCCACGCCCGCACCGCCAGGCAGUCCGGCCUCCACGGCGACGCCUGCCUCGCCAAGCUCUGCGGCGUCAUCGCGGCCGACGAGAGGCGCCACGAGGCCGCCUACACAAGGGCCUCCGCCAGGGCUUUCGAGGAUGAUCCGGACGGCAUGGUGCGGGCGCUCGCCGCCGUGAUGCGCGCCAAGGUCACCAUGCCCGGCGAGCUCAUGGACGACGGCCGCGACGAGCGCCUCUUCGAUCACUUCUCGGCGGUUGCGCAGCGCUCGGGGGUGUACACGGCGGCGGACUACGCCGACAUGGUGGAGCACUUCGUGCGCAGGUGGAAGGUGGCGGAGCUCGGCGCUGGCCUGUCCGGCGAGGGGCGCCGCGCGCAGGACUACGUGUGCGGGCUGCCGCGUAAGAUACGCAGGAUGGAGGAGCUGGCUCACGACCGUGCGGUCCAAAUGGGGGCCCAGUCCGUAUGCUUCAGUUGGGUGUUCGAUAGGCCAGUCCGCAUCCACUGA